AUGAACCAAGGCGAAUCUAGCUACCGCUCCGUCGUUUAUUUCGUUAACUGGGCCAUCUACGGACGCAAACAUUUCCCGCAGGAUCUAGAUGUAUCGAAAUUUUCGCACAUUCUAUACGCUUUUGCGAAUGUUCGACCUGAUUCCGGCGAGGUCUAUCUCAGCGAUCUCUGGGCAGAUCAGGACAUUCAUUUCAGUGGGGAUUCCUGGAAUGAGACUGGUGUAAAUCUCUAUGGAUGCUUGAAGCAGUUGAAUCUUCUAAAGCAGAAGAACCGGGGCUUAAAAAUCCUGCUGAGUAUUGGUGGAUGGACUUACUCUGCCAACUUUGCUCAGCCCGCAUCGACUGAAGAGGGAAGGAGGAAGUUCGCGGAUUCAGCGGUGGCGCUUCUCUUAAAUUACGGCUUUGAUGGAUUAGACGUUGACUGGGAAUAUCCCAAAUGCCCGAAUGAAGCUGAAAAUUUUUGUUUGCUCCUCGAAGCUUGCCGUGAAGCCAUGGACGCUUACUCCAGUACUCUACCAGACCCAAAACAUUUCGAUCUAACUGUUGCCUGCCCUGCAGGUCCUCAAAAUUACCACAUCAUGAAAAUCUCGGAAAUGAACCCUUACCUUGACUUUUGGAAUCUUAUGGCCUAUGAUUACGCUGGCUCAUGGUCUAGCGAGGUAGCUCAUCAGUCUAACUUGUAUCCUUCUCAAGAUUGUCCGGCUGCGACACCAUUCAAUACAGCUCAGGCUUUACAGUACUACGUCAGCCAGGGUGUUUGCCCUUCUAGGAUUGUUCUCGGCAUGCCACUCUACGGCCGGGCAUUUGAGAAUACCGACGGCCUUGGAAAGUCAUAUCUCGGUCUUGGAGAAGGAUCCUGGGAAAAUGGAAUAUAUGACUACAAAGUAUUACCCCUUCCUGGAUCAAAAGAGCUAUAUGACGAGUUCGCACAAGCUACCUACAGUUAUAAUCCGGCCACAAGGAAGCUUAUAUCAUAUGAUACUAUUUUCAUGGGUAUUGAAAAAGCCAAGUGGAUUAAGAGAGAGGGUCUAGGCGGUGCUAUGUGGUGGGAAAGCUCCGCAGAUGGAAUCGGAGAGCAAAGUUUAAUACGAGCAGUGGUCAAUAAUUUGCAACAUAUUGACCGUAGUACCAACUGUCUCGAAUACCCAGCAUCUAAAUUUGAAAAUUUAAGGAACAAGUUCCUCACACCAUAG